CCCAAGGUUGUUACCUUGUUUUUAGGAUUUAAUUCCUUUACAGUGGUUAUUUAUUUAAGCGGCACUUCCUCUUGCCGCCGCUGGCCGGAGACCGGAAUUUCAGGGACGCAACAAGUUCCCCUGGCUUGCCGAUUUUAGGGGAAACAAAACAAGUCUUUUCAAAGAGAAAUGGAAAACACCGCUUUUGAUUCGAGUUUCCACCGCACUUUGAAAUACUUACUAGCUACACAAUUUCUGUCAAGGGGAAUCCCGUUCGUAUUCAAUUCCUGGAUUGUUAGACAUCUAUCAGAAGAAGAUUAUGUGGUUUGUGCUGUACAAUUCCAUCUGUUUGUGACCUGCAUAUUGUUUAUGAGUAGAGAGGGAUUCAGGCGAGUGUGCAUGAGGGAAGAUAUUAUGUGGGAUGGUAGUUUAGCAGCAGGAGAAACUGAAGCCCAGGUUUUGAAAAUCGCCUGGAUGACCUUCCCAUUAGGGGUACUGGUCACAUUUUUGGCUUGUUUGAUUGUAUUCUGGUGGCAAGGUCUGGGUUAUUCCAGUCCUUAUGGACGAGCUAUAUUGAUUAAUGGUUUUGCCUGCAUUCUUGAGCUACUGGCAGAACCCUUUUUUAUUUUGGCCCAAAAAUUGGCUCUUCUCAAACUGCGGCUGAUUGUUGAAACUGCUGCCACUCUUUCACGUUGCAUAGUAACAUAUGCUCUCAUCCUGAAGCAACCGAGCUCGGAGAAAGCGAUUGUAUUUUCAAUGUCACAGGUUGCGUAUGGAGCAUCUAUUUUCAUAGGCUACUGGGCUUACUUUCUUCUGUGCCAAUUAUACACAACUCGUGUUCUAUUUCCGUUCCGGAUGGGAAAUACAAAAAACUAUGAUCAACUGCUUGUGAACAUGUGCUUGAUGCUUAAUCUUCAAUCCGUUCAGAAGUUGAUUCUUCAGGAAGGUGAAAGGAUGGCCCUUGUAUGGUUUGAUACACCAUAUAACCAAUCAGUAUAUGGACUUGUAGACAAACUAGGGAGCCUAGUGGUGAGGCUGAUUUUUCUUCCCUGUGAAGAAAGCUCAUAUGCAACGUUUGCAAGGCCUGCAUCAGGAGAUCGAGAUUGGAAAAAGGAGAAAUUGGGAAGGAGUCUGACAGAUGCGCUGAAGCUUGUUUUGCUUAUUGGUCUAGUUGUUAUCGCAUUUGGUCCAAGCUAUUCAUAUUCCCUCAUCAGAUUGCUGUAUGGUAGAAAAUGGAGCGAUGGAGAAGCUACCAAAGUACUCCAAUGUUAUUGCCUUUAUGUGAUAGUUUUGGCCAUGAAUGGGACGUUUGAAGCAUUUCUACAGGCAGUUGCAACAAAGAAAGAACUUAAACGGUCAAAUGGUUCAUUGCUUGCCUUCCCAUUGAUAUAUGUGAUCAUUAACGUCUUGCUUAUCAGAUCAGCAGGCACAAUUGGAUUGAUUUUAGCAAACUCUGUGCAUAUGAUCUUGAGGAUAGUUUACUCAGCGGUUUUCAUCAAAAAGUAUUUCAAGGAAUCAUCAUCCUUUGCGUUUAGAGCUUGCUUGCCUGGAGGUUAUGAAUUUUUGUUGGUUUCAGGAGUAGCCACCUUCAUACUUGAAAAGAUGUACCUUAACCGAGACAGCUUCUCGGCCACCUUUACUGUUCACUUCUCAUUUGGUUUAUUCUGUUUUCUUGUGGCCACUUUCAUAAUCUAUCAAAAGGAGAGGCCUUUUAUCGCGAAAAUUAUACGCUUCCGCGAACACGCUGAUUGAAUGUGCUAAAGAAUUACAUCUUGCUCAAUAGGGUUUGUGAAAAGUUUUGCUCUAUUUCAAGAUCAACGAAUCAUAAGCGCUGAGGAUUAAAAGGAUAUUAUUGUCUAAUGAUGCGAGGAUUACGAGCAUUUCUGGUAUACUAUGCUUGCUACCAGUUGUUCACCCCAAUCUUUUUACAAUUCAUUUGCCUUCCAUACAAUUAUGUCACGGAAUUUGUACAACCAUAUGUUUUGUAUUCAAUCCUCUUGAGUGUUGAACCUAUCUAGUAAAGUAGAUAAUUUUUGUUUUUCAAAAAAAAAAGUUCUGGCUAUUUAAGCCUUCAUUUUCUUUAGUUUAAUAUACGUACGCUGCAUUGCAUCUACUCUAAUCUCUUCAUAGUUUUAGUUGACAUUUAGUAUCAGAGACUUAUGGAAUCUUUCCUUGGGCCGUUUGAGUGUUUUCGUGAGAGUGAAACACAGAUUUUAGAUUGACCAUCAACAUGUAGAACAACAAUGGAAAUGUAAGUUUUCUAAAUCAGUUGCGUAUCUUUAAAGAGGUGAAUUUUCUUUUUCGGGGUCUGAAAAUGAAAACUCUUUUUAAAUCACAAGAGCUAUGGAGCUGUGUGGAGAAUGGAUUUGAAGAUGAUGGCACUGAAGAACCAGAUCAGACCUUAAGGGACAGAAGAAAAAAGGAUGCAAAAGCUCUUUAUAUCAUUCAACAUUUAUCUGGUUGAUGCUGUGUUUCCACGCAUUGGAGCAACUUUUACAGCAAAAGAAGCAUGAAAUAUUUUUACUCAAGAAUAUGUAGGAGACAAGAAGGUAAUCACUAUGCGAUUACAAUCUUUGAGAAGAGAAUUUGAAAACUUCCAAAUGAAGAAAAAGGAGACUGUCCCAGACUACCUAUCAAGGAUGUCAACAAUAGUCCAUGCUUUCUGAAUUGGAUAGUUAUUUAUUGCUAAUAACAUGCACAAUGUGGUUGUUUUCUACAAAUAGUUCUGAUUCUGAAUGCAUUUUGGGGAUUGUUUUGAUUGAAAAAUAAACUUUGGCCCUUAGCUUGGUCCAACUUGUUUUAGAGGGAGGGGAGAAAAGUGUAGUGAUGGCCUAGUGGGUCUUGUUUGGUCGAGCAGCUUUAGAGAGGAGGGGAGGAAAGUCUAGUAAUGGGUGGCUAAUGUGUUGGGUUGGGGAGUCAGGGGAGGGCAUGAAGGAAAAUAGAUGAGCUAAGAAGCACCUCAAAACUCCUGAUAUAUGGCUCCCCAAAUUUAGGGAUUUCGGAGUUAAUAUAGUUUUCCUUUUAACUCGUACCCUUUUUAAUCCUCAGCUAGUAAGCUAUUCCAUAUUAUUAUUAUUAUUCUUAUGCCUGUUGAUUGAUAUAUUUUUACUUGCAACAAAAAUAUCAUCAAAUAAUCAAAUAUAAUAUUUUGACAUGUUUAUUUCAAAUAGUAGUUCCUCACCCUAUGUUGAACCAAACAUAAAUGAGUAUUCUUUUACUUGUUUUUGUUUACUUUUAAAGUGAGAUCUAUUUAUUUAUAUAUUAGAGAAUGAGGAAAAUUAAACAAAAGGGUAGGAAGGUUAGGCUAAGACUCCCUCUCCUAAGGGCAUACCCUCCCCGAAAUACAUGUCUAAAGCCCAAAAUCAUAAUACCACAACCUAGAUAAACCACAUGAUUUCCCCAAAUGGCUUAACCUGCUGAUUUUACAAGAUCAGGUGCCUAGAACAACCUGGUGUGUUCAUGCCCUCAAAACAGUCUUUUAAUGCUACUGGAUCAAAUAACAACCCCCAAAAUCAAAAGCUUUCCUUUGUGGCUUGACCACAUUCAUACUAGCUGGUUGAACCCAUAUUUGUCCUGCUUUGGUUAUUUUUGCUGCCCACCUUGUAAUUACAGUAGUGUUUGCCCCAGUGUUUGCCCCUUGUAUUAAUUCCUCUUCUUCCUUCCCUUCUCCUCCCUCCUCUCUUUUGAAUCAAACAAGGGCUUAUCAAAAAUGUUAUGAAUAACUAUAUACGUUCAAUGUGGUUUGUUUUUCCAUGUGUUGCCUACGUUCGCUAGCACGGGGACAACUAGAUGUGCUUGAACUAACAAUGAAGGAAUACAAUCUCCGCUCUCGAUCUCCCUAUCUGCACUUGCCUAUAGAUUAUUGUGUUGUGGCUGGGCUUGACAAGGACUCGAGGUUGAUUCUUAGAGGUCCGUACGCUAAUCAAGGUGUAUCCCUAAAGUGUGCAGUGGUGGCAACUGGCAACACGACAUACUCGGUGAUCACUAGAGGGUGGCCAGAAUUCAUUGCCACAACCAAUCUGAAAGUUGGGGAUGUUUGCAUUUUCAAACGCCUAGACAUAGGAACCUCUGAUGCCAUUGUAUUAGAUGCUGAAUUUGGCAAUCAGGGAUAAUAAAACUGGGGCAAGCACUUAGCUCUCUUACCUUGUAAAACAACUUCCUUAUUGAG